AUGGCCACAGCCUCCACCAGACUGAGUCCAGCACAACUAGAUGGUGCCUGGCUACCACCACUAACUGCUCUGACAGGGAUCGAAGAGAAGGGUGCUCGUGUGAGCUCGUUUGUUACUGGUGCCUUUAAAGCUCUAACGUCCUGUCGCCAGGUAGUUAGAUCUGUUACUAGUUUCUUUCCAGAUGUUCUAUUUGAUUCUUAUAUAACCCUUGCAGGAACUAUCCUUGUUAUGAUUUGGUGUGUAAUGUGGUCAUUCUCAGGCUCUGAAGUCCUUCCUGGUGGAAGUUUAUUUGGACUUUUAGCUAUUUUUUAUUGUGCUGUUCUUGGGGGGAAACUUUUGGAAGUCAUUAAAAUACCUUCAGUGCCUCAACUUCCACCGCUUCUUGGGAUGUUACUGGCUGGUUUUACACUCAGGAAUAUUCCAUUCUUGAGUCAGUACAUCUACAUUAGUAGCACGUGGUCUUCAAGUUUAAGAAACACUGCCCUUACCAUUAUCCUAGUACGAGCUGGGCUUGGACUUGAUCCAGAGGCUUUGAAGCAUCUGAAAACAGUUUGUCUAAGAUUGUCUAUGGGUCCAUGCCUUAUAGAGGCAUGUUCAGCUGCUGUUUUUUCCCACUUCAUUAUGAAAUUUCCCUGGAAAUGGGCAUUUCUAUUAGGUUUUGUAAUAGGUGCUGUCUCUCCUGCUAUUGUUGUCCCUUCCAUGCUGCUUUUGCAAGAACGUGGAUAUGGUAUUGAGAAAGGCAUUCCAACCUUACUAAUAGCUGCUAGCAGUUUGGAUGACAUUCUGGCUAUCACUGGAUUCAAUGCAUGCAUGGGCAUAGUCUUCUCCUCAGGUAAUAUACUUCAUACCCUCCUAGUUUCUUUGUUGGAGGUAUCUAUUGGUGUGGUGCUAGGAGUUAUUUUGGGAUAUUUUCUUCGAUACUUUCCAAGUAGAGACCAGACGAAGCUUCCAUGGAAGAGAGCAUUUCUUGUUUUGGUUAUGUGUAUUUCUGCCGUCUUAGGCAGCCAGCGGAUUGGUUUACAUGGAACUGGAGGAUUGUGCACACUAGUUUUGACUUUCGUUUCAGGAAUUUAUUGGUCCAGAGAAAAGAUUAGAGUCCAAAAAAUUGUUGCAGCUACAUGGAAUAUUUUUCAACCCCUUCUUUUUGGCUUGGUUGGAUCAGAAGUAUCUGUUUCAUCUCUUUCAUCAAAUGCUAUUGGUAUUUGUGUUGCUACCUUGAGUUUGGCACUGUUGGUACGAAUUUUUGUCACAUUUUUAUUGAUGUGUUUUGCUGGUUUUAGUUUUAAGGAAAAAAUAUUUAUUGCUUUAGCAUGGAUGCCCAAAGCUACAGUCCAGGCUGUAUUAGGUCCUCUGGCUCUAGAAUCAGCAAGAAUCAGCGCACACCAUUUGGAAGGGUAUGCAAUGGAUGUGAUGACGUUAGCAUUUUUAUCCAUUUUGAUCUCAGCUCCAAAUGGGGCUCUUCUUAUUGGCAUACUGGGGCCCAAAAUGCUUUCUCGCACUGAUCCAAGACACUACAAAAAGUCUGUUGGUACAAUAUUAAUACAUCAUUAAAAAAAAUUUUUUUU